ACAGUCUUCAGCAUCACUGCUAAACCUCAGAGAGCAAAAUCUCCACUUAAUGGAAGCAAUUUUCUUCCCUUUGCAAAUAUACCACGCACACACUGAGCCGCACUGUGUUUUCUCGUGUUGUUUAACUCUCAAAGUAAACAAUGAUUUUACUUUAGAAGAACAAAUUACGUGUUUCCGCUGUUCGUGUGGCUAACUUUCCUCGAUGCACCCGUCGCUAGCUAAACAAACAUGGCUGUGCUACGCUUUCGGACAACGCGUCUUAACUAGGCAGACGGUAAUGCGUCGGUAAACGAGACACAUGCCAAACGCGACGCCCUAGAUGGAGACUCGGUGUGUUGUGAAGCUGGUUAGUGAAGCGUAGCGUUUUGCGACCGUGUUGACGCGCAGUGAGGCCAGUAGCUCCCCCGGUUGGCUAAUGCCAGCUAGCCAAAAUGGACCUUGGAACAAUGUUGUACAACAAUUUAAAAGAAGUAACGUGGAGCACGACGUCCCUGCCAUUAGAUCAACUCGUCAGCGCAUACAGGCUGCCACAAAUUGCCAAGCUGGACAACGGUCAGUUGGUGGAAGGGCUCAGAGACAAUGACUACCUCUUGAUUCAUUCCUGCCGUCAGUGGACGACGAUCACCGCUCACAGUCUUGAAGAGGGCCACUAUGUCAUUGGGCCCAAAAUAGAGAUCCCAGUACACUAUGAAGGCCAGUUUAAGCUACUGGAGCAGGACAGAGAUGUCAAGGAGCCUGUGCAGUACUUCAACAGUGUGGAGGAGGUGGCCAAAGCAUUUCCUGAGAGAGUGUAUGUCAUGGAGGAUAUCACUUUCAAUGUUAAGAUGGCUUCAGGGGAAUGUAAUGAAGACACAGAAGUUUACAACAUCACACUGAGCACUGGCGAUGAACUGACAUUAAUGGGCCAAGCUGAGAUCCUCUACGCCAAGUGCUUCAAAGAAAAAUCGAGAUUCAACACCAUUUUCAAGAAGAUUGGGAAGCUGAACUCAAUAAGUAAGAUUGGUCGAGGCAAGAUGCCGUGUUUGAUCUGCAUGAACCAUCGCACCAACGAGAGCAUCAGCCUGCCUUUCCAGUGUAAAGGCAGAUUCAGCACUUGUAGUCCUCUGGAGCUUCAGAUGCAGGACGGCGAGCACAUCAUCAGGAACAUUGUAGAGAAAACUCGUCUCCCAGUCAAUGUCACGGUACCCAGCAGUCCACCACGCAACCAGCAUGACCUCCACCUCAUCCGCGAGGGCCAUCGCUAUAAACUGGUCAACAUUCAGACAAAGACGGUGGUUGUGUGCUGCAUUCUGCGAAGCAACAAAAUAAUCCCCAUCCAUUUUCCCUUUCAUAUGGCCAUGCCUAGAUUUAUUAUUCCAGAGGAACUGUUGCAGGGAGAGUUGUGGCUAGAAACCAUGGUGCAUCGCUGGUACUCCUUCUGCCAGGAGCAGUUUGACAUAGACUACUAUUCCCGCGCCGUGCGGAAUGUGCGGACAGACUGGAACGACGAUGGUAAGAGUCCUAAGAAAAGCAGUGGGAAUGGUAGUUGCAGCGGAGGCAGCAGCAGCUCCAAUGGGUGUCCCGGUCACAUGCAGAUUCCCAGCUCUUUAACUUAUGCCCGGGAUGAGCUCACCCAGUCCUUCCACAGACUCUCUGUGUGCGUAUAUGGCAGCAACCUGCAUGGAAACAGCGAGGUCAACUUACAGGGCUGUAUGACACUGUGUGGGGAUUGGGCUCUUCUGCCCUCCGAUAGCAUUCCUUCAGACUCUGGAGAAAAUGACAUUUUUUUCCCUGAGCUGCUGGACAGCACAAGCCAACAACCGCCCUUCAACAAGUCGGAUGUUCCGUAUGAGGAGCUGUGGUUAGAUCACUUGAGAGGUCAGAACCCAAAACCCUCUUCAAGUGAGGGAAUCCGAGGCAUCAACAAUGGCUGCGGCACAACAGCAACCCUGUCAUACCCAGUCACUUGUUCUCUUGGAGCAAUAACCAGUUCGGAUGUCGCUCUUACUCCACCACCGGUCCCACCCAAAUCUGAAGCUGUGAAGGAAGAAUGUCGUCUGUUGAACGCCCCACCAAUCCCUCCACGAAUUUUGAAACAGAUGCCAUUGGUGCCCAUGCUGUCAAAGCCUCGGCAGCAAGAGACUCGUUCUCCGAGUCCAACUCUCUCCUAUUAUUCCUCUGGUCUCCACAACAUAAGUGGAGCAUGUGAAGAAGAAGCAGCCGACCCACAAGAGCAAAGCCACGUGUGCUACCCCUGUAACUGGGUUAAAUCAAACAGCACUGAGCCAAAUGACUCUUUGCCCACUGGUAGCCUGUCACUAGAUGGGAUGUCCUCCAGGUUGUCUUGGCCAAACAAUUUCAGUGUAGGAGAAUCACACUGCAUGGAGGAAUUUCUACCAGCUAGCUGUCGGAGUUACUACAGUUACCCUAGGAAGAGAUCCCCAAGCACCCCAAAAACCUGUACGUCAAGCCUUGUCGACUUUGAAAGCCGAGAUCACGCACAAAGCAGUAAGGACUUCAUGUUGCAGAAUGCUUCUCUGAAUCAGGUCUGCACAAAAUCUUCGAGUUACAAUUCAGAGGUGUACAGAGACAAGCCAAUAGAAGAAUCUAACACCAAGCAGAGCCUCUCUUGUCCCAUUUUACCCCCGAGAACGCCCAAAUCAAAUGCCAUAAAGAACUGCACAGACUUCAUGCCAGUGUCAGCUUGUGACGCAACGCAGGAAACUUCAGAUUGUUCGCUUACUCAACAGGAGCAGAGUACCAAAGAGAUAUAUUCCAUCUGUGAUUCAUUGACUCCCAACUGUUCAUCCGUGUCGGCCAGUGCACAGUGGCAGCCUCCGUCCAGCCUUGCUGGCCUCUCCAUUGAAGAGAUGUCCAAAUCUCUGAGAUUCAUUGGCCUGCCAGAUGACAUUGUUCCUCUUUUUGUGUCUGAGAAGAUAGAUGGCAAUUUACUCCUGCAGCUUACAGAGGAGAUUUUGUCAGAGGACUUCAAGCUAAGCAAACUGCAAGUGAAGAAACUAAUGCAGUUCAUAAACGGAUGGAGACCCAAGAUAUAACUAUAGUAUGUGACACUAACGCCUGCUGUAAAGCAGAGCAAGACAUGCCUUCAGUAUAUAUGCUAUGCACACCAAGCCACAAAGAUUUUCUUUCGUAUAAUAUGAAUUUAUUUACUUGUUGGGUUCCUGUAAACCCACAAAAAAAUCUGUGACUGCUAUUUACUUACUGUAUGAAGUCAUGUGGCACUUUGAUGAAGACAUUUUUAUGUUUUUCACCCACAGAAAUGUUUUUAAGUCAGUAUAUAAACUUUAAAUCCAAACAGAUGAGGAGAGGACAGGAAACAACAUAAUUAAGAAUCUGCUUGAUUAGGAUAUGGGUAAUUAUGUUCUUCAAGGUAAAUUGCGAAUUUAAUGAUUUUUAAAAGAGUACACAUUGGACUGUAGUAUAUGUUUAUUUAACACACUGAAAACUGUUAAAAACAGUUAUAGAUAAAAAGUAGCAAAUUUUGCUGGAAAUAACAACUCCUACAAAAUUAUCACAUUUGUUUUAUAAAAAAAAUCUAAUUAUAAACUUGCGUCUCGAGCAUGUAACUACAUAGUUACAAUAAGUGAUGUAUGCACUGUAUUAGUUUUAUGUAUGGGAUAUAUUACCACAGUUUUCACAACGUUAUUUAAAGUUACUGAAAUUGCAUCAUAAAUCAGUCAUCAACAGUUGAUUUAGCCUAUAUGCUGCUAACAUGUAAUAAAAUUAGGGCUUGACCGAUAUGGAUUAUUUUGUGAGUUAAUGCCGAUACUGAUAUUAGGGAGUUCUUCCGAUAAAUAUCGACUGAUAUAUAUAUUUGAGAGUAAUGGGCACUCGUUCCAAAGAUCUCCCUUAAGACAACAAAAUGUAACCUAUGAAAAGGAUUGAAUUGAUAUUUGCAGUUUAACCAUAAACAUUAGUUUAAAUAACUACCGAUAAGAAGAAAAAUCGAAUAGAAUCAAAUGUGUAGAACUUAAAUUUAGAAAAUAAACAUGUUCACAUUGUCCUUAAAAAUGUGUAAUAACGUUUUAUUCUAUAAAAAAGGUUAUAUCAGCAAACAUAAAUGCAGACAUUGAUAUCAGUGAAUGGCUCAUAUUGGCUGAUAUUUUUCACUAAUACAUCGGUCGGGCUCUAAAAAAAAUCUAUUUGUGCUCUUUUAAAAAUCAACCCCUCUAACAUGCUUUUUACAGUUUCAUCUGAAUUAGAAAACUCUUGUUUAACUUUUCUACAUGGCAAGAAUUAGACAGUGCUGUAACCCUAUUGUAUCUGAUUGAUGUACAGUUCCUUGGCAGUUAAUUGGGAAAAGUGGGAUCUGAGGGCGGCCUACAGUGUUGGUUAACUGUUGUUUUCUUUCUUCUUUGUUGCAUGCGUUUAAACCAACAGGGGGUUGUUAUAAGAAAUUACAUCUCUAUUCUGUGUGUAACAUUGUCCACUACAGAACAUGGUAGUUAAGAGUGAGCCAAAUCAAAUGAUGGUUUCUGAAGAGAUGUUGUAUCUGUCAACUCUUCUCAUGCAAGGUCUUAUUUCUCUUUGAUGCCUUUUUAAUAUGAAAUUGAAUUAAUCUACAUAACUACUUAUUUUUACCUAAAAAAACAUCUCAAAGUUGAGGUUAUUUAUCACAAAAAAGAAAUUGUCUCUUUACUCUAAAAACUAACAUGCAUCAUGCACUUUGGUUGAUUAAUUACAUGCAGUUAAGGUCAUAAAAUAUAAACCUAUAAAAGAAUAAUGUCUGUGUUGCAGGAGAGUGAAUGCACUACAUACUUUUUCAUAACUAAAAUGGUACGUCUCCAGUGUCCUCAUUGUCUGUAUUACAAGUGUCCUAAUGCAAGAAACAAGUAAAAGCUUUUCCGCGCCUUAACCCAGAGACCUUAAAAUAUAUAUGUGAUAUUUCACUUUAGCUAAAAGGUUUUCAUUUUACCAGUCUCUCGUCAUGAGAAUAUGCUCUAACAUCUCAUCGUGAACUGAGGGAAUGUUGUCAAGUGUGUAUCACAACCUUCAGAGACAUGUGAGCUAAGAUUAAAAUUGAUGUGUGCGAUAUUGACAAAUAAUGGUUUUUAUAUGCGGUACUUUUUUUUCCUUAUAGCCUUGAUUCAGAGUCGAUUUAUUUAUGCAGUUAUUUGACAUACAUGAAAUAUGCAGAACAGUUAUUCUUCGACCAUUUGUGUUGGUGAUAUAUGAAGGUGCCUCAGCAACCAACAGCUGUUGUUUUUCCCCCGGUCACUAUCUGCAGUGGGGUGUUACAUAGUUUUCUUGAUAUUUUCUUUUUGUAUGUAAAUGCAAAGUUAUUGUAAAUUCUUUUAAGUGAUUACUAAUGUUAAUUAUUUUUGUUACGGAAAAAGCUAAUGUUCAAAUUUCUGUACUUUUUUUUUUAUUCUGAAAAAAAAAAAAAAAACUUGGGUUCUACUCGCAUUAAAAUAACAUUCAUGAAGAAAGAAAA